AUGUCCAUGCUGCUGAAGGGCACGGCCCGGUUCCCGCGUGUUCAAACUCCGCUCGCUCGGCGGGGCUGCCCCGGGCCGGGGGCGCUGCCCGUAUGGCCGAGGGAGACAUCCGCAAGGCCGGGACAGGCCGGGCCCGCUGCCUUCUUCCCCGCAGAACCGCUCGGCCCUGAGCAGAGUCCCGCAGAGCGCGGAGCGGACGGAAACGGCGCGGGGCACACGGGCGGCACGAGCUACGCAGUUGGCGUGAAAACUCCCUUGCACAGUCUAAGAGCCGGUUUUGUGCCACGAGCUGGAAAUAAGAAAACAUCUGGAGGAGGUGGGGACAGGGGAGAUCAGGUCGCUUCCACAUUCAGCGGAAAGAGCUUUAGUCACCACAGCAAGAACUUCAGGCAGCCACAAAAUUUCAAAGUGAACGUGAUGCUGUUCUCCGCUGGCUCAGAAGCUGUUCCCGUUUGUGCAGAGAUCACCAGAAACAACGAUCAUGCCAGAGUGACCGGCCCCCGGCGAGGGAGUGACCGUCCCCGCCUCUCCCACCACCGCCGCUGCUUCUUCGGACCUUUGAGGCUCUCCUGUUACUCUGUAGCCCUGCACUGCCCAGCCCUGCCGGGACACCCCUGCUGCUCCAGCUGCCAGCGCAGAGCUCCUCAUCUCAUCCACCAGCCCGGGACUUUUCCUUCCUUCCAGUUCGGCCUCUCGGAGUCCUGCAGGGGCACCCAGAUCAAACUGCUCUGGGCUUUUGUAAAAGAAAGCCCUCAAGGUUCUUGGUUCUGUUUAUUAUUGAUGCUGUAGUUGUUGUUUGUUUGUCGUUUUGUCAUAUAUACUAGUAAAGAACUGUUAUUCCUACCCCCAUACCUCUGCCUGAAAGCUCCUUUAAUUUUCCUUUUAAUUGGAAUAAUUUGGAGGGAGGGGAUUUGAAUUCUCCAUCUCUAGGGAGGUCCUGCCCCUUCCUAGCAGAUAUCUGUCUUUCAAACCAAGACACUAGUUUAAAAUCAUAACAAUCUUGCCACAUUGGCUUACCCGAUACUUAACAGAAAAUGAUUAGAAAUGGUUUGUGUGGGUAAGGGAUUGUGUUUUGAGGGGUUUUGUCUUGUGUCUCUUUACUCUGAAUACAUUCUUUCUCUGCUGGGCAGUUUUGUUGGUGUCCAUUCCUGACUUCUGCCAUUAACUUCUCCCUGGCUGUGUGGGAGCUGUACAAGAAGGUGCUGUCCCCUCUCCAAAGUCUUCCUUGGAAUCCUUGCGCACCAUGCAAUCUUGUGAAACGAUGGUAUGUCUGUUCUUAGAGUCUUUCAUAACCAUUGUGUCACCAGAGGAAGCACGGACAUAAAUGCUCUCACCUUCCUUACAUGUUCAGUUCAAACAAAGACAGAAAGCAAUCUGUGUCAUCUUUUAGAAUAAGUUCUAGCAUUUCUUACAAUGAGUAAAAGUGUUGAUCUGGUAGGCAGCACACCAUGAGUGGAAAAGUCAUGGUUGAUCAUUUUGGCACUUCAAAUUGUCAGCAAACUAUUGCUGGUCUUGGACAAGAUCAGUUUUACCUGCUCAAGCUCCAUUAACCCAAGGGACUGGACCCAAAUGUGUGCUGUGAACUGUUAGAAAGGGUACUGCAGUUGUUACCAACUUGUUACUGUGAUUCCUAGGGUUUGGGAGUGAGUCUAAAUGCAGUUUUGUGAGGAGAAAAACUCAGCAUAACAAAGCGUGAUGGAUUCAGCAGAGUUUAAGGGAAUACUGAGAGAAGUGCCUCAGGAUAUUUAAUUGGGAAGAUGAGGAGAGAGAAGUCAUUUGAUGAGCAUUUGAUGGAGUUUCUGUGUAUUCUGUGCAUCUCCGUGUUCAUUAAAAGCUGUAAUAAUGCACGGUCACUAACACUCUGUGGUGGUUUUGUUUUGUUUUGUUUUUUGUUUUAAAAUUUUAUGGUUCUCUCCAGCAGAGGUUGUAAUGUUUUCUCUGACUCAGAACAAGGACCUGCUUUGGAAUUGUGGCAUAUUUUCAUUAUGAA